ACCCAAAGCUCCUCUUAAAGAAGGUAUGAGAGAAGGAACAGUCAAGCAACCGCUGCGUGCAAAGUACAUAUCGCAUCAAUUAGAAGAAGGACACUGGGUAUCAGCCUACGCACCGGACGAUGUUAUUAGAGUAAGAGGACGUAAACCGUAUCACAACUGGGGAGACAGAGCACCGUGGCCAACCUGCUACUCACUCCAGGCUAUCGAAAUGGACCAAAUGUGGCACAACACUCUAAAGAGCUAUCGCGGUGGCCAGAAUAUCAUGAGAGUACCACUAAAUAGCUCACAAUCAGCUGGACGUCCUCCCGAUCGCCCAUUUCGGGUACUCGAUAUCGGAUGCGGUACAGGUACUUGGUGUUUAGAGAUGUCCCAAAUUUGGAAAGACGCAGAAAUAUGGGGAAUGGAUCUCGUACCAAUACAACCAAAUCCUGAAUAUUUUAGACCAGAUUAUACUGUAGCCGAUCGAGUAAAUUGGUUGAUAGCCAGUUUUCUAGAUAAAUGGCCAUUCGAGGAUCAAUCAUUUGAUUUUAUACAUAUGCGAUUUGUCAGCUUAGGCAUACCCGAAGUACAGUUUUAUCACGUAUUCGAUGAAGCUUUUAGAGUACUCAAACCUGAGGGACAUCUAGAAAUAUAUGAACGAACAUACCAAUUCGCCGCCGGACACACACCUAUACCAAUAUCCAACCCGGAGAUGGCACCGCCAAAGGAGAAGCAUUCAUAUACCGAAUUAGAGCGAUUAUACGAGGAGGUGCUCACAGCACAUACAAUAAAUAGCAGUCCUCUUUCAAUCAUUGCAUCUGCUAUUGUUCUUUAUGACGCGAAGAACAUAGUACAAUCACCUGUUAUUAGGGGAACAUUUCCAGCUCUAUCUUUCAAGCCUGAACGAACUUCAGAUUAUCAUGAUCCAGACUAUGAACCAUCGAUCAAGAAGUCAAACGUUGAGCAAUUUAUGAACACUGUUACGACAACCAUAGAGUCAUUAAACCCAUAUGAACGUGAUUAUAGGUUCAGGAUGAUACUACAGUCACUCUCGACAAUGAUUUCAGAAUCAUCUGACUGGCUGUGGGAUGAAUACCUCACCAAAGUUGUAGGAUUAAGUGAAGAGCAUGGUCUAUUUAAGGGAUUAAAUAACGUAACCAUGUCUAGAAGUAAUGAAGAAAACUCUAACAGUGGUGUUCCUAAUGGUACACCAAUACAAUCAAGGCGUAACUCAUUAUCAACCAACGUAGUAUUGAACGCACCACCACCAGCUGAGACAAAUAUACCAAUAGCUUGGUCAAACAAGGACAAAUUUGACGCAGAAGUUAAAGAAUGGUCUUCUGAUCUCAAUAGACGUGCUUCACCUGAUAAAUUUCUCGAAUUGAUUUUUGGUUGGGGAGAUGGAAGGGAAGAAGAUUUCUGUCCAGGUGGACGAAAACUUGUUGGUGCUAAGACAUGGUCAAAUGAAAGGAAAUUGGAAUGUGAAUCCGCUGAUGAUAAACUAGGAAUAUGGCAAAUGUGCGGGUUCAGAAUACAAAAGAGUUGAAUGGAAUUUAACUCUAUAUAUACCACUUUAGCGAUCUUAAUAUUUUUAUAAUUACAUUUUUAUGACAUGAAUGACAUGAAUUUUUACGUAAAA